AUGAACACACCGACUCUACCUGUGGAUGUGCUGGACCGCAUGACCAAAGCUCUAGUAGCUUUGGACGCCAGACUGUCUGGGUUAACUUCUGCUGUGGAUAGUAUGCGCGACAGCUUUGACGACAUGAAGCAGGAGAUGCGCUCCUAUCUGGCGGGACCUUCUGGCUGGCCUGCAGUAGAACGUCCGUCUCAGUCGACAACUACUCAUCGUUCUCGCUCAGAGGAUGAACCUCCCCAGAGAUUGGCAUCUGUUUACGCUACCCUACAACACGACCUCGUUCCUCCCGACCCAAUGUACACGCCUCAGUGGUCCGGCGUUAUCAUUCAUCCGGAUGGAUUCGACCUUUCACCUCUGAAGGACCCAGAAUCGCUCAUAGGCCAUCUCGAUCUGUGCCUCGUCGAGUUCGACCAGGACGGCGCAGUAACGAAACAAUCAUUAGCAGAUUUGAUUGGUAGUGCGGGUGCUACGUGCUUCACCAACGCGUACGACCGAGACUCUCGUAUCGAUGACUGGUAUUACGCGUUCUAUGCGGACAUGUCAGACACUACUAGUCCUCCGAACCCUAUCGCAGAUAUUGUGAAGCCUGCUUCAGACCCUCCUAUCAGAGGCCGCGUCUUAGUUGUUCUAAACGGACCUGAAGAUGGGACGUGGGAGCUGACGCAGAGGAUUAGCGAGGUCGUACUGGGAAGGACAUUAUGGUGGUAUCGGAUGUCAGGAAACACGGUAUGGGAUGUAUUCGGAGAGAGGGAGCUGCGACGUUAUGUCAGGACGAUGACGUUUGCAAUUGCGUGCUCUUCUGAAGAAUCUCCUUUGGCUUGGAGAACCUCAACAACCGUCUUUCGACGCGUGCAUAUCCCCAAAGAUGCUUCGGAUCAAUAUGAUGCACUAUCAAGCCAUAGGAGCUACGUUCCGAUAUACAAGACAGAACUAUUACAUUGGCUACGGGUAAUUUCUGCAUCGUGUAACACCCGCGAAAUCCUCAACUACCCUUUCAAUGUUGUGUAUGGCUACUCGUUGAAUCUGCCAUCUCCGAGGCGAGUAGAGAUAAGAGUACAAGGUGUGCUAGAGCUGGGCGCCAUGGCCACCAAAGUUCGUGUAUCAAGAACUACAUCCCUCGGAUCGGAUCUAGUACGAUGGAUGCAACUUGGAUAUGGUCGUCCCAAAUAUCGCGAGCGCUUUGAGGCCCAAAUCAAAGCGUUGAGACGCAUCGCAGAUACUUGUAAGGUACAAAUAGGCUUGUCUCCUUCAACAUUGCCUCUGCCACGCUCGCUCUACCUUCGUCGUCGGGAGGAUACGCCGGUACGACUAGAGGUCCCUGAUCUCGAAAUAUUCGAUCUCAACGAGGACACCGGUGUACUCGAGAAUAUCGAAGGUCAUCACUUGAACGUAGGGGAUUUACUCGACGUCAAUGUCCAUGUAGAGCCCACGAGUAGUAAGAGUAGCUAA